CCUUUUUUCUUUGCUGGAUUAGUUUAUUUUUCCAAUAACAGUUUGGUAGCCUGUUUUGUGUUUUUCACUAGAUGGGUAACCUGUGUGUUUUCCUGUAAUUGUUGGGUAGGCUGUGUAUCCAAGAUGGAGGACGAGGGUAGAAAAGGUAGUGAGCGUGGUCGGGGUUUUCGUGGAGGGAGACGGAGAGACAGAGGCUAUCGAGACAGAAACCCACGGGGGAGAAUUGAUGUCCCUCCAGCUCAGUCUCCACCUACCAUGAAAACACCAAUCAUCUUGACAAAGUCAAAUACAGACAAGGUGCAGGAAUCUCCUGUAAAACACAUCCUUUUAAAGUCAAGGGAGUCUGAUGAGAGUAGGCCUGUGGAAGGAAACCCGAUAAGCAACAUCAUAUCACCUACUACACCAUCUCAGCUUCAGCAGGAAGAUGAGCGUGUUUCCAUCGGUGCUGAAGCAGCUAGCCUGGGUGGGAUAGUCAAUGUCCCUGGGGCCAUAACCAUACAACGCAGCUCGGGCACUUAUAGUGCACCAUCACAACAAGGUCGCACGGAGGGAAUACCAGUACCAAGCUUAUCAGGGCUAAAGGUCAACACAACUGAUAGUGAACCACACUUGUGUAUUCCUCUGCUGGAUGAAAACCUCCACUGGACUGAUGCUGCUUUGGAGUCCCUCCUAGACCAGACUGAUUUCUUAGUUGUGGGUGCAAUAGGCCUGCAAGGUACUGGGAAGUCUACCAUACUCUCGAUGUUGGCAGGAGCAACACCAACAACAGAACCAAGGUCAUAUCUGUUUUAUCCACAAACUAGACAAGCACAGGAGAACGGAAGUAACCAGACUGUUGGUGUGAACCUUGGUAUAACAACUGAACGAAUUAUCCUACUUGAUACACAGGCUUUGCUUAGUCCUGCAAUCCUUGACCACGUGAUCCACCAUGAUCGCUCUAUUCCAGCAGAAUUCUCGUCCCCAGAAAACUUCAUUGAGAUGCAGUCCCUUCAGCUUGUGACAUUUCUCAUGACUGUUUGUCAUGUGAUCAUUGUGGUGCAAGACUGGUUCGCUGACAUUAAUUUAAUGAGAUUGCUAAUGACAGCGGAGAUGUUAAAACCCUCAUCUGUUCCGCACGGGAGCUCUCAUGAGACAACAGGUGCAGGCAGUGCUCAAGACAAUACGGAAGACCAUUACCCAGAUGUGGGGUUUUUAGUCUUGUCUGGUUAUGUCUGGUUAUGUCUUGUAGUGUUUGUGUACAACAAGUGUACACGGGAGGACUACCACCCCGAAAACAUCCAGGCGAUGCAUGGGACCACUGCCGCCAUCUUCCAGCAUUCGCGACUCAGAUAUCUCAGCGGAGUGUCCCUACUCGGAUCAAGUCUUCUACCCAGCAAUCAGCUUAUGACGUCAUGCGAAGACGUCAAUAUCCAUCUGGUGCCCACUUAUAAUGGAGACAACAGUAGCCACCAAGGAAAUGGAGUUCUUCCAGCCUUCACAGGACAUCCAAGCUACGAGCUAGUACUAGAAACGCUACGAAACCAGAUCUUUUCGAUUCAUCGACACCCUCUGACUCAUCACUCUCUAACAGAAAAGAACUGGUUCCACUAUGCUGCAAGAUCAUGGGACACUAUUCGCAAGUCAAGCUUGAUUUCUGAGUACAACAGACUCUUGUCCAGCUAGUGUACAGCAUGGUCAUGCCCAAAUAGUGUACAACAUGGUCAUGUCCAGAUAGUGAACAACAUGGUCAUGUCCAGAUAGUGUACAACAUGGUCAUGUCCAGAUAGUGUACAACAUGGUCAUGUCCAGAUAGUGAACAACAUGGUCAUGUCUAGAUAGUGAACAACAUGGUCAAGUCCAGAUAGUGUACAACAUGGUCAUGUCCAGAUAGUGUACAACAUGGUCAUGUCCAGAUAGUGUACAACAUGGUCAAGUCUAGAUAGUGAACAACAUGGUCAUGUCCAGAUAGUGAACAACAUGGUCAUGUCCAGAUAGUGUACAACAUGGUCAUGUCCAGAUAGUGUACAAUAUGGUCAUGUCCAGAUAGUGUACAACAUGGUCAUGUCCAGAUAGUGUACAACAUGGUCAUGUCUAGAUAGAGUACAGCAUUGUCAUGUCCUGAUAGUGUACAACAUGGUCAUGUCCAGAUAGUGAACAACAUGGUCAUGUCCAGAUAGUGUACAACAUGGUCAUGUCCAGAUAGUGUACAACAUGGUCAUGUCUAGAUAGUGUACAACAUGGUCCUGUCCAGAUAGUGUACAACAUGGUCAUGCCCAAAGAGUGUACAACACGGCCAUGUCCAGAUAGUGAACAACAUGGUCAUGUCCAGAUAGUGUACAACAUGGUCAUGUCCAGAUAGUGAACAACAUGGUCAUGUCCAGAUAGUGUACAACAUGGUCAUGUCCAGAUAGUGUACAACAUGGUCAUGUCUAGAUAGUGAACAACAUGGUCCUGUCCAGAUAGUGUACAACAUGGUCCUGUCCAGAUAGUGUACAACAUGGUCCUGUCCAGAUAGUGUACAACAUGGUCCUGUCCAGAUAGUGUACAACAUGGUCCUGUCCAGAUAGUGUGCAACAUGGUCCUGUCCAGAUAGUGUACAACAUGGUCCUGUCCAGAUAGUGUACAACAUGGUCCUGUCCAGAUAGUGUACAACAUGGUCAUGUCUAGAUAGAGUACAGCAUUGUCAUGUCCUGAUAGUGUACAACAUGGUCCUGUCCAGAUAGUGUACAACAUGGUCAUCUCCAGAUAGUGUACAACAUGGUCCUGUCCAGAUAGUGUACAACAUGGUCCUGUCCAGAUAGUGUACAACAUGGUCCUGUCCAGAUAGUGUACAACAUGGUCAUGUCUAGACAGAGUACAGCAUUGUCAUGUCCUGAUAGUGUACAACAUGGUCCUGUCCAGAUAGUGUACAACAUUGUCAUGUCUAGCUAGAGUACAGCAUUGUCAUGUCCAGAUAGUGUACAACAUGGUCCUGUCCAGAUAGUGUACAACAUGGUCAAGUCUAGAUAGUGUACAACAUGGUCAUGUCGAGAUAGUGAACAACAUGGCCAUGUCGAGAUAGUGUACAACAUGGUCAUGUCCAGAUAGUGUACGUCAUGGUCAUGUCUAGAUAGUGUACAGCAUAUUCAUGUCCUGAUAGUGUACCGCAUGGUCAUGUCCAGAUAGUGUACAACAUGGUCAUGUUCAGAUAGUGUACUACAUGGUCAUGUUCAGAUAGUGUACAACAUGGUCAUGUUCAGAUAGUGUACAACAUGGGCAUAUCCAGAUAGUGGACAACAUGGUCAUGUUCAGAUAGUGUACAAAAUGGUCAUGUCCAGAUAGUAUACAGCAUGGUCAUGUCCAGAUAGUGGACAACAUGGUCAUGCCCAGAUAGCAUACAACAUGGUCAUGUCCAAAUAGUAUACAGCAUUGUCAUGUCCAGAUAGUGGACAACAUGGUCAUGUCCAGAUAGCAUACAACAUGGUCAUGUCCAGAUAGUGCAGAACAGAAGGAUGCAUUUGGCACUGUCAUCUGCAGAUCAGAGCUUCAGCCUAUUUGAAGAUUUGCUUUACAACAUUUCCUGGAUAUUUAUUAGUUGUUGGGCUCAUCUAGAGAUGUCCCAGACAUCUUAAGAGUGCAACAAUGCCCUUGUUUAUUGUAUGUAGCUUGAUGUCAGGUGAUACGAGCAGGGGUCACCCUUAUGGAACAGACUUAUAGGGCACCUCUCAGACAUCAUAUACACGAUCAGCAAAAUGUUUUUAUUGAUGUAUGAAAAUCUGUAAAUGGAUGAUUAUCUGAAUAAAUCUAUACUACAAAUGUU